AUGGCAACCGAAAAGCAACCGCCGCGCGAGGGACCUAGGGAGACGCCGUCCCCCUCUGGCCAACGCACUCUAUCCCUGUCAUCUUCAGCCUCACGCAAGCGACUGCCGACCCUAGCAGAGGUCUUGGCUCGACGAACUUUGCCUCCUGUCGACCUGUACUGCUACUAUCUGUUCCUGCAACGGGAAGGUAGCGAGGACAGCCUCGACUUCUGGCUUGACGUGCAGCAGCAUGAGAACCUUUGCCGCGCUUACUUCAAAGAUCUGAAACGUACCGGGGUGGAUGUGCGCGAUGAUUGGCCUGGGUACUACAGGGAGGCGCGUCAGAGGGGAAGCAUCUAUAAUCGAGUCAAUGGCAUAGAGCAGAGGGGAAGCAUGGAUGAUAAGGAAGAACCCUGGAACCAGCCGGGAUGGGAAGCUGACGGAGGCGAGCUCCACAGGUCUGGCCCUCAGGGUUUCGGCGAGCGUGGGCCUGGAGCUGAAGGGCAGGGCGACAUUGGAUCUGAGAGGCCUCAGAGCGGUGAGAAUCAGGACGAAACGAGGUCGCAACGCAGGAGCAACCUUGCGAAGAGGGCAAGCGUUGCACCUACCGUUCUCGCUAGGAAUACGGCAAUCAGCAGAGUGGACUUGAUCGCGUCGGCAGAGCGCAUAUAUGCGAGGUACCUGUUACCCGGAAGCGAGAAGGAGAUCUACCUCCCACCUCAACUGCGUAUUCCACACUUUCCCAUCUCGAGCACUCAACUGCCUCACCCACACGAUGACGAGCAGCAACGAGCUCUUGCACGCGUGCCGGACAUGUUCCACUCGCAGAAAGAGUGAGUCACGGUCUCUUCCUUGUGUCUGCUCUAGUCUAAUCGCAUUUGCUUGGUCGCCCGUAGGUACGUCUUCCGCACCAUGGAAGCAGACGUAUUUCCUCGCUUCCUGCGACACAAAGCCUUCGGCAAUCUGACACCCAUCUCUGCGCUGGUCCGCCUGAGCUUGGGUCUGCUGGCGCUCUGGGCCGGUCUGGCAACGGGUUUCAGCUUCAUCUUCCUGGAUGUCGGCCACGUCAAGCGACUCUGGGUCAUCCUACCAUUCAGCGUCGCCAUCAUCUUGAUCAUGUCCCAUCAGUACGAGCUCGAUCCCUUUUUGGUCAUCGCGAUGAGGAGCGAAACGACGCCAUUCCACCUCAUCAAGGUCAAGGAGCCCUACGUCAAGCGGCUGCUCGUAAAGAGGGCUGGCGGUGUCCUGCUCCUCGUCAUUCUGAUUGUCGCUGCUCUUACCGUCAUUUUCACGCUUGUGCCUGGUCACAGACUAUAG